GAGGUAAAACAAAGCUCUCAAAAGAUGAAUAGUUCUUCAUCUUUUGAGCUUUCAUUUGAUAGUAAUUAUUGGCCACCAUUGUUCCUCAACAGUAAUAGUACUGUUGAGGAACAAAAAAUGAUUUAUUCGGAGAAAUCAUCUCUUGCAGAUGAUUUUUCCGAAGAAAUCAUCAAGAAUGAAAAAGUUCAAGAAUUUUCCAAUAAAGAGGAAAAGCACUACAUAGGUGUUCGAAAGAGGCCAUGGGGAAAAUAUGCAGCUGAAAUUAGGGAUUCGACGAGAAAUGGAAUUAGGGUUUGGCUUGGAACUUUCGAUGUUGCUGAAGAAGCUGCUCUGGCUUAUGAUCAAGCUGCACUUUGGAUGCGAGGCGAAUUCGCCUGCCUCAAUUUUCCAGUUGAAAGAGUUCAAGAAUCGUUAUGUGAAUUGAAUAGAGGUAGUUACAAGGAGGGUUUGUCACCUGUUGAAGCCCUAAAGGAAAGACACAAGAAAAGAGGUAUUUCUAAGUUGAAAGGUAAGAGGGAAAUAGCUCAAAAAGAGAAUGUGUUGGUACUUUUUGAUUUAGGGCCUGAACUACUAGAUGAGUUAUUAUCAGAAAGUUCUAAUUCUUGAUAAACUUCAUUAUUUUGCUGAAAAUCCACACAUUUCUCUCUUCUUCCUACUCUUCAACCUCCUUUUUCUAAAUUCUAUUUUUUUGUCUGAAGUAAAUUCCAGGCAAUAUCCUUUUAUCAUUCCUAAUUAAAUACAUAUUGAUAAGCGUUUUUUUCAGUCUGAAUUCGCUUGCAUACAAUUAAAACAGUAGAUAGAACACUUGUGUGAGUAU